CAGACUCUGGUUCUUCUUUCACUAGGACUCUGUACAGACACAGGCUGGAGAGAGCUCUGCCAUCUGCUGGGAAAUCUACACCCCAGGGCGACUGAUAGCAGCAGCACAGGAAAGACAAUAGCCCUACAGCAUCCUUUGACCCGGGGAACUACAUAGGCAUCAUCCAGCAGCCUCUCUGGACUACUUCCCUGUAUAAAACUGGACUUGAUGAAGCUGAGACAAUAUUAAGUCACCUUUCAAGGUCAAUAUGUUGUUAGAUCUGAAAUAUAUAUUCUGGAUAUGCUCAGCAUUCCAUCUCUCUAAUGCAUUCCGUUCAGUUAAAUUGGAAAAAAGUCCUCCUGUCAAAGGAUCAUUGUCUGGAAGAGUGACAUUACCAUGUUUCUUCUCAACAAUACCUACACUGCCACCAAGCUACAACAUUACAACAGAAUUUUUGAGGAUAAAAUGGACAAAAAUUGAGAAAAGUAGAGAUGGAAAAGAUCCAAAGGAGACUACAGUUUUAGUUGCCCAAAGUGGUGGAAUAAAAAUUGGCCAAAAUUAUAGGGGUAGAGUGUCUGUACCUAGUCAUCCAGAAGACAUUGGUGAUGCAUCAUUAACAGUGGUCAAACUUCGUGCUAGCGACGCUGGUACCUACCGCUGCGAGGUGCUGUUUGGAAUCGAAGAUACUCAAGAUACCAUCUCUUUGGACGUUUCAGGUGUUGUGUUUCACUAUCGGGCGUCGGUAGACAAAUACAUUUUAGAUUUUGAAGGUGCCCAAAAGGCUUGUAUUGACAAUGGUGCCCAAAUUGCAACACCUGGACAACUGAGAGCGGCCUAUGAAGAUGGAUUUGAGCAGUGUGAUGCUGGCUGGCUGGCUGACCAAAGUGUUAGAUAUCCAAUCCGUAAUCCAAGAGCUGGCUGUUAUGGUGACAAAAAAGGGAAAGAGGGAAUACGAACCUACGGAAGGCGUCCAGCUGAGGAGCAAUAUGAUGUAUACUGUUUUGUAGAUGAAGCAAACGGUGACCUAUUCCACCUGCCCAAAAAGGUGACAUUUGAUGAAGCCAAAAAAGCUUGCGAGGAGAAGAAUGCAGUCUUAGCAACAGUGGGAGACAUGUAUGCUGCAUGGCGUGCAGGCUUUGACCAAUGUGAUUACGGCUGGCUAGCAGAUGGUAGUGUCCGUUACCCAGUGUCUUUGGCAAGGCCCCAGUGUGGCGGUGGCCUCCUCGGGGUGAGGACUAAAUAUCGAUUUACCAACCAAACAUACUUCCCUCAACCAAAAGAAAAAUAUAAUGCAUAUUGCGUCCAAAAUAGAAAAAAUAUCACAGAAUCAGUUUCUGUCAAGCUAAUAUUACCUACAGAAGCUAUAACACAAAGUACCAUAAAGAAACUGGAUGUCCAACCAGUUAAAGUGACACCAAAGCCCAGAAUACCUACAGUGCAACCAGCUGUAAAAGAAACUGUUGUGCAAUCUACUUUUCCAGUAAGUUCUGUGCAGGAAGCUAGCAGUCAAGCAACUGAAACAUCAACUGAGUCAGAAAAAGGCCCCCUAUUGCUCAUACAAGAACUAACAUCAUUGAGUCCUGUGACGUCAGAAGAAGCUGCAUUUCAAGAAGAGGGUGACACAAUUGCACAGACUUCAGAUACAGUGGAACCAUCACAAAGCACCAUCUUAGAGAAAACUGCAGAAAUUGAAAGUAUUCAAUCAAUUGAUGACAUAAAAGAUGAUGUACCACCAUCUGAGGCAAGUCGUGAGGCCACAAUUGAAAUCCAUGUUGUAACAUCAAAACCAGAAGACACUGCAGAAACUUUCAGCACCAUUACAUUGACUAAAGAAGUCCUACACUUAAGUUCUCACUCUCCCAAAGAAACUCUAGAAGCUAAAAGCGCAGAAAUUAUUCCAACAGUUAUUCUUCCACAUGAGAUUACUGAAGACAAAGACGAAAUACCUGCUUUAUCAACUAUUGCAUAUUCUAGCAGCUCUGAGUCUUUCAGUGUAUCAGGAGCAAGUUCAGAGCAGGUUAGCUUGACUACAAGGGACUCAUUGACACCACAAGAACCUGAGGUCCCCAGUAUCCAGCCUGAGGUGGAUGUAUUCACAGUGUUCAAACUCUCUCCUGACACAAGCAGGCCAUCCUCAGAAGAAGAUAUCACACUAUCUUAUGAGAAAGAGACAUCUGCAAGUCAAGUUACAGAAAUCCCAGAUAUAGAUACAGCCACAUCAUCAAAGCAAUAUGUGGAGUUUACAGAUAAAGUAGAAAAAGAGCCAGUAUUGACUUCUGAAUCUGAAACUUCUACUGACCAGGUUUUAACUGCAAGAGAACAAUAUCACACUACUAGCAUACCCAAAGAGGUCAUUGCAGAAACCGAGAAGCCAUCACCAAGUGAGACAGUUGCAACUGCAACAUUGUUUUCCCCAUUUGAUAAAACUGAAGGGUCUGGAAUAAUUGAAGUAGAUACUUGGUCUAAAGUGUCCAUUUUGGAUAAAACAGAAGAACCAAUUUCAGUAGCUCCCAAAUAUUUUACUACACAAGAAACUUUACAAAAAGAUUUAGAAGAUGUCACUGUGGUACCUGGAGAAAAAACAGAUGAUGCAACUAUUUCAACUGAAACAUCAUCUGCACACGUGAUCCGGACAUCUGAGAUAUCUGUUCAGUAUGCACCAGUAUCAGAGAGUAAAAAAUCAUAUACUGUUUCACCCACAACAUCUGAAAUUUUAACAGAAUCAUCAGUUACAAUGGAGAGUUUAGUAUCAAUUAAACCACUAGACUUGACUUCUGAAGGAAGUGGCCUAGGACAAGAAGGAGAAACUCCAACUGUAACAGACAGAAUCCAAGUUACAGCAGGGAAAGAAAUUGUUGCUGCUAUCACUACAGAGAAACCUACUGAAGAUGAAACCACAGAACGUUCCAUCACCAUCAGUUCCACCGUGCCCGUUAGUGUCACAAUCAAAAUGGCUGAUACAGAUUUGCAGUCAGAAGUUGAAGGAUCAUCAGAGGUAGAAGACAAAAUAGUUGUUGGCACGGUAACACUAUCAGCAACAGAGCUUCCACACAGUCAGUAUGUUACUGAAUCUGUACCAUCUUCAUCAGAAACUCCUACUGUCACUAAAUAUUCUGAUGAAGGUCACAAAUUAGUUUUAACAGAUGUUCCGUUAUCUGCAGUGACUGAUACAAUACAAAUUGCAGAAGGAAGUACUGCCUCUGAUGAGACUGUAGGUCUGCAUACAACUUUAUUACCUCCACCCAUUAGUACUCAAAAACCAGUCUUGUUUAAUGUAGAACCAGAUGAAGACACUAGUAAAGGAACAAUAGUGAUUGAGGAAUCAGUUUCUCCUGUGAAAACCACCUCUGAAUAUGAUAUGACAAGUAUAAAGGCAGAAGGAGAAAUUGAUUCAGAAUUUAUCUCAAGUGCUGAUAAACCUUGUGAGGAGUCUAAAGAUGUGUCAACAACAAGUUCUACAGAAGAUGAUAUUCAUGUUCCUCCAGCUAUCAAUGUCAUUGUUGUUGAUGUUCCAGAAAACUACACAGGAUCAGUGGAACAUCUCCUUCAUAAACUGGGUAUACCAGAACACAAUGCUACCGAUGAUUCCAGUCAAUAUCCUUUCCUAGAAUUUUUACCGCCUAUUUUAAGUUCUUCUGAGGAGGAGACAGAUUGUGACAAUUCAACUGCUGUUGCUACGUCCCCAUCUUUAAAGUUUAUUAAUGGAAAACAAGAAAUUACACCAGAGCCAAAACACUCAAAAACAGAAGAGGCUAAAGGAGAACUGAUUGAAAGUGUUACACCAUCUUUAAAUGCAUCAGUUAUUCAGCUGAGUGAGGUUACUGAGCAAAGUGUACUUCAGACAGACACACCAGAAUAUACUUCUGUUGAAACUCAAGAACCUGAAGCAAGUGGUGACAUAGACAUUAAAAUUAAAGACUUACCAACUACUCAAUCAAUUUUACAAGUUGAAGACUUGACAUCAAAAGAGCCUGAAACAUUAUUUGAAGCUAGUUCUACACCCAAGUUGUCUAUAUUCACGGUAAAAUCAUCGGGCGAUGCAGAAUCUGAUGUUCCUCUAACAACCACUGCUAAGCCAGUUAUUGAGAGUUUGAAACCAGUAACGACAGAAGGUGAAGACUUGACAUCAAAAGAGCCUGAAACAUUAUUUGAGACUAGCGCUACACCUAAGUUGCCUAUAUUCCCGAUAGAAUCACCUGGUGAUGCAGAAUCUGAUGUUCCUCUAGUGACCACUGCUAAACCAGUCACUCAGAGUUUGAAACCAGUAAUAGCAGAAGUUCAAAACUUGACAUCGAAAGAGUCUGAAACAUUAUUUGAAGUUAGUUCUACACCCAAGUUGCCUAUAUUCACGAUAGAAUCAUCUGGUGAUUUGGAAUCUGACAUUCCUCUAACAACCACUGCUGAACCAGUUAUUGAGAGUUUGAAACCAGUAAUUACAGAAGGUGAAGACUUGACAUCAAAAGUGCCUGAAACAUUAUUUGAAGUUAGUUCUAUACCCAAGUUGCCUAUAUUCACGAUAGAAUCAUCUGGUGAUUUAGAAUCUGAUGUUCCUUUAACAACCACUGCUAAACCAGUCAUUGACAGUUUAAAACCAGUAACUGCAGAGUUGUCCUUUAAACCAUCUCCAACCCAUGGACUUUCUAAAAUUGUAACACAAGACUCAAGUUCAGUAUCAAUCCUACCUACAACUAAAAUUAUUUUAAAAGAGGAUGCUUUAUCAGUUACUGAUUCCCAUGUAGAGCUAGGAGUUGCAACAUCUGGUCCACUGAAACUUAAAGAAGUCCCAACUGCAUUUCUCCUUCCGGAAGGUUCUGGUGAUGUGGAUGAGACCAUCAUUAAUGUAACAACACCGGUGCAGGUAUUUAAAGACAGUGAAGAACAUACAACACAGGCCACCAAGGAUGCAAAUAUUAUCCUGUCUGCAGUAGUGCAAGACUCUCUAUUUUACAGUACUCCACAACCCUUUGAGGAAGUUGCAGAAUCAAGUACUACAGUUACGGAAAUAAGGGAAGAAGAAAGCAUUUUAACUAAAGCACCAGAAAAAUUGUUGUUUAAUGAAACAGAGGGGUCACCUUUAGAUUUAUCUACUGUAGAAAUACAUACUACUGAAAUGAGUCAAACAGUAACAAAAACUACUUCUCUUGAGACCACCAUAACAAGGGGGAGUUCAGUAGAUGGUGAUGCUGCAGGUGAAUCCAUUUUAAGUACAACAUCCCAGGUUGAAACAGAAAGUAUUGAUACUGAUUCCACAGAAACAUCUUCAAUAGAUGUGAAACAUUCUAUAGAAGUAGAGAAAAUUACUGUUAUACCUGCAAAACCAGAAAUACUAACAGAUAAGGAAAUAUUAACAGAUGCCAUUACAGAAUCCUCUAUCACUAUAACUGAACAGGCUGUAGAGUCACAACCUCCAAAACAUACAAGUGCUCAGACAAUUUUUGAUACCGAAGCCUCAGGAGAUAUAAAAGAAUCAGAUGAGGAUAUACUAGCUACAGCUGCACCAACAGGCAUCCAAUAUGAAUUGCUAGAUAAAGAAACUACAACAAAGUUUGAACCGCUGGAUAAAGAUACUGAAACAGAACGAGAUCAUGAAACAUUCUCUACCUUAGUUCCAAAGACAACUGUAAAAGAUGGUAUAUAUGGUGUAUUUGGAUCAGGUGAUAUUGAAUCAACCACUGUAGAUGAUGUCAUAAUAUUUAGUACUCCAAGAGCAAAACUCACUGCAAGUGAUCAUAGAACAUCAUCUGUAGAAGAGACUUUUACUCCUAGGGUCACAAAAGAUUCAGUCUCAGAUACUAUCACCACCAUAUUUCCUUUCGCAAUUGAGGGCUCUGGAGAGGAGGUAAUUUUUACUACUAAGCCUUUUGAAGUUGAAAAAAGUGAAGCGGACACUUCCGAAAUCUAUGCCACAACAUCUUCUAUUACUUUUGAGGAGCCCAAAAAAUUAUCAUCUGAAACAAAGGAAGACUUUUUUGGUUCUGGUGAUUUUCAUUCAACUCCUGAUACUAGUUCUACAAGCCCUCUGAAAGAACUUCAGUUUGAAACAGAGACAGAAAAGUUGUACGAAACAGUAUCUAGUUUACCAUUAUCACUUUCCACUGUAACAUCUGAAUCCCCUGAGAGUGAUAAAAUAGAAGUCACAUCAUCACCUGCUGUUUCCGAUACUAAAGCCACAGUUUCUAUCACCACAUCUCCAUUUGUUCAAGAAGGCUCAGGUGAAGAAGAUAAGGCGCUUACAGUUUCAUUUAUAACCAGUUCUGAAUCUGAAACAAAACCAGAACUAGAAGAUACUACUACAGUUUUGCCAAGUAUAGAAAUAUCUAAGAGUGCAGAUGAAUCACUAACUGAAUUUGAACUAGAAACAUCUUCAACUAAGACACCACAAGUGAUUAUUCAGUUAAGCACAGGAGAACCUGGAUUAUCAGGAAGCUUGGAGUCAAAGCUUACAGCUGUGUCCACCAUCAGUCCUUCAGAGGUGAUCACAGAGAUCAGUUCUCAGCUGAAAGCCACUAGCGACACAGCCAGCUCUGAAUAUGGCUCAGGUGGAGAUGAGGCUAUUCUGUUUACAACCUCUUCAAUUAGAACAAGUACUGAAGGUGCUAGUGCUAUGCCAAGUGAGGAAUCCAUACUAAGCUUGAAAACACAAACCAGCUAUGCCACUGUAGACAUAAUAACUACUGGUUUACCAUUUACUGAUCUUGGGUCAGGAGGCUCAAGUGUCACUUUUGAAACUUAUUCAAGUAAACCUGAAACAGUUUUCUCAACUACAGAAGUGGAAGAUUUACAAACUUAUACCAAAUCACUCCAGCUAAAGGAACAGAUCAGCACAUCACAAUCAUUUGUUGACUAUGGUUCUGGAGUAGAGGAAGAUUUGUUUAGUACAACUGCUCCCAGUGGUGAAACUGAAAUAACACAGACCCGGCAGCCACAGCUUUCUGAUCCUGUUAGCACAGAACAUGAAAAUAAACUUGAAACAGGCUCAUCUAAAGUGGAGAUAGAAACAAGUAGCGUAAUCACAGAUGAACCUGAAGUCAUCAUAGAGCAUAGCACUGCCUCAACUCUUCAGAAACUCUUCAGCACUGAAUUUCAUGAUUUAGGCUCUGGUGACUUGGUAGAGAUUUCACGUGCUGUACCAACAUCAGCCAUUGAGCCUGAAAAAGUAUCUACAGUUAGCUAUGUUGAUAGCCCUAAAACUGUAGAACUAAUUCAGCUGAUUUCUGAAAAAUCUGAAACAUUACAACCUGAGCACACUUUAAAACCAGAUAUAACAUAUGCAGUAGAUGUGACUGAAACUACCAAGGUUUAUACUGAUGAAAGCACAGCAACCUCAGAUUAUAUACCAAGGAAACUAGAAAAAACUGAUUCUCAUUUUGAUGGUUCGGGAGAGGAGUUAGAAACACGCACAGGUUCUUUUAUUGAAACCUUUGUUUCAGAAGAGCAUGUUAGCACAGUAACUCUACCUGCAAGAAAGACUGAUUUUGUUAGUGAUUUGCAAGAUUUAACCCAAAAACCAGAGGUUCCAGUAUCACUAAUCAGUCUUAGCCCCAGCAUAUCUCAGCUAUUAACAGAUAAAACAAAGUCAUUUACAGAAGAAGUUUGGCAAACCAAUGUGGUAACCACAUCCCCUAUAAGUGUUGAAGAUGAAAAAGAGUUCAUGAUUGGUACAGGUAAAACAUCUAGUUUAGAAGUAAUAGAAGAAAGUACUAUUAGCAUAUGGGGUCUCUCACACCUUAAUGACACUAUAAGCGAAGUAAUUAGUUCUACACCCGUUCCAUCUGAAUUUAUUGUGGAUGAUAAAUCUAGUACACAAUUUACAGAAGAACUUCAAUCAUCUACUCUGGAGUCAGAUGAUAGCUUAAAGGCAACUGUCACUAUAUCUCAAGAAAAAGUUGUUUACACUGAAAAAUUUGAUGUUGAAGGCUCUGGUGAAUUUGUUUCUGAUAUCCGUACAACACCUGCAACAAAACUCUACACUUCAACACAAGUGGAUCUCACUGAUUUGAAAUCAACUUCACCCAGUAAAGAAGAAGACCAAGAAAGUAUCACACCUAGUUCACAACACUUGACUGAUGACCAUUUUCCAGAAAGUUCAACCUUGGAUUUGCCAUCAGCCAUACAGUACACAGCUGCUACUUCAGUACCACUUGAAGAAGUUACUGAUAUGAUUGUUACAGUGAGUUCUGAAGAAACAGUUGGUCAUGAUAUUUAUGUUACAGAAACUAUAGAUAAAGGUACACAUUCAUGUGUGCAAUCCACAGCUGAGCCAGAGAGAACAGAACCUACAGAGCUGUUUACAGAGCAAACUUCUGGAGAUGAUAUAAUUACUGAAGAACCAAUUGUUGCUAAAGUUACCACUCUUAGUUCCAUUAAAACAGAUGGUGAAUAUAAUACAAUAUCUCCAGAGACACUACAACCAUAUGAUCUAACUAAGCUUUCCACUUCACAAGAAACUGAUGUUUAUGUACAAGAAGAACUAAGUUCUGGAGAUGAGACACAUACUGAGGAACCUAUUGUAGUUAAAGUUACCACUGUAAGUUCAGUUAGUGCAGAUGCUGAUUCUACUACAAUAUCUCCAGAGACAGUACAACCAUAUGAUCUAACUAAGCUUUCAACUUCACAACAAACUGUGGUUCAUGUACAAGAAGAACUAAGUUCUGGUGAUGAUACACAUACCGAGGAACCAAUUGUUGUUAAAGUUACCACUGUAAGUUCAAUUAGUGCAGAUGCUGAUUCUACUACAAUAUCUCCAGAGACAUUAGAACCAUAUGAUCUAACUAAGCUUUCAACUUCACAACAAACUGAUGUUUAUGUACAAGAAGAACUAAGUUCUGGAGAUGAGACACAUACUGAGGAACCUAUUGUAGUUAAAGUUACCACUGUAAGUUCAGUUAGUGCAGAUGCUGAUUCUACUACAAUAUCUCCAGAGACAUUACAACCAUAUGAUCUAACUAAGCUUUCAACUUCACAAGAAACUGAGGUUCAUGUACAAGAAGAACUAAGUUCUGGUGAUGAUACACAUACCGAGGAACCUAUUGUUGUUAAAGUUACCACUGUAAGUUCAAUUAGUGCAGAUACUGAUUCUACUACAAUAUCUCCAGAGACAUUACAACCAUAUGAUCUAAGUAAGCUUUCAACUUCACAAGAAACUGAGGUUCAUGUACAAGAAGAACUAAGUUCUGGUGAUGAUACACAUACCGAGGAACCUAUUGUUGUUAAAGUUACCACUGUAAGUUCAAUUACUGCAGAUGCUGAUUCUACUACAAUAUCUCCAGAGACAUUACAACCAUAUGAUCUAACUAAGCUUUCAACUUCACAAGAAACUGAGGUUCAUGUACAAGAAGAACUAAGUUCUGGUGAUGAUACACAUACUGAGGAACCUAUUGUAGUUAAAGUUACCACUGUAAGUUCGGUUAGUGCAGAUGCUGAUUCUACUACAAUAUCUCCAGAGACAUUACAACCAUAUGAUCUAACUAAGCUUUCAACUUCACAAGAAACUGAGGUUCAUGUACAAGAAGAACUAAGUUCUGGCGAUGAUACACAUACUGAGGAACCUGUUGUUGUUGUUAAAGUUACCAGCGUAAGUUCAGUUGGUACAGAUGCUGAUUCUACUACAAUAUCUCCAGAGACACUUCAACCAUAUCAUCUAGUUGAGCAUUCAACUUUACAACAAACUAAGGUUCAUUUACAAGAAAAACUAAGUUCUGGUGAAGAGGCACAUACAGAGGAACCUAUUGUUGUUAAACUUACCACGCUAAGUUCUAUUAGUACACAUGCUGAUUCUACUACGAUAUCCCCAGAGACACUACCACCAUAUAAUCUAGUUGAGCUUCCAACUCCACAACAGACUGAGGUUCAGGAUGCCACAUUAAGUGAGAUGACAGAUGAUUUAUUUGUCAUGGAAACCAGAACAAUCACAAGUGAUGAUGAUUACCAGCAACAAACAACACAAUUACCAGUGAAGGAAAGUAGUGUUAUCCAGUUCACAACAGCUGGAGCAGUAAGUUCUGAUGUCGAGAAAAAACCCACUGUGCUUCUUACUGAUAUAUUUGAGGGUUCAACAGAAGGAUCUGGCUUAGAACAACCUUCAACAGCUACAGAUGCAACCCACCAGCCAGAUCAAACAAGCACGUUUGCUUCUACAUUUCCUGUUUCCACUCAGAAAGAUGGGAUAUCAACCAGCUUACCAAGUUCAGAAAUCACAGAAGGUAUUUCAUCCACCAUACUAAUAAUUGUUAGCAAGGAUUUGGAUGAGGCAACAACAGCUGACUUAAAAAUAACUGAAUUGCCAAGGAUUAAAACCACAUUGGAAUCAGCUAUAGAUGAGCCUAAAGUUGGCCAAGAAACAACAGAAGCAGAACAAUAUCCCACAUUUAGUGAAGAGACUAAGCAGGUCAAGGUUCAACCUACACCAAAUAUUCUUUCUGUUGAGGACUUUAGUCAAAUAUAUGAAGACUUAACAAGUGUAGGUGCUGAAGAAGACAAAGUUCAGUCCACCUCAGCAAUUACAUCUAUUGAGCACUCCACUGAUUCUGCAACAGUAGAGGAGAAACUUGUCACAGAUCUGCAGAAUGUGGAUUUUGUAUCUUCAGCCAGUCCUAAAGUCACCACUGAAAUAACUAAAGGUGAAUUAUUUAGCACAGAAUAUUCAACAACAGAUACUGAUGUUGUGGUUGAAACCUCUAAGCAACCAGAAGUAUAUGUAACGGAAAGUAUAAAGGAAAUUGUCCACUCAACCGAAGAACCUAAAGAUCCCGUCACUGUCAUUCUUGUCAAUGGAGCAUCAGAUUACACUGGAAAAAUUAUUCCAAGUACUUUACCUUCCUCCGGCAAUGAAACUGACCAUGUUGUCAUAGGGCAAGAAGCUAGUGCAGAUAUUACUGCUACUUACAAACCAGUAGGCUUUCAGUCAAUUGAUGCAACAGGAAGCCCUCCGGAACCUGAAGAGGGGGCUACACCUGGUCCUUCAUUGCUGAUUUACUCUACAGAAAGUAUUGCGGUAGUACCAGCUGACCCAGAUUCUCCUACCUCUCCUCAGCCUGGGGAGCAAAUUCAAGAGACUGAAAUAGUGGAAACAGGAACUGAAGAUACUCCUUAUGAGAGAGUAACACCACUUCCAGAUCUUGACAUCCAGAUUUCUACUAGUAAUAACGUUGAUGGAACUGAAAUUCGCAUAACAACCCAAGAUCCUUGCAGGAUAAAUCCUUGUCAGCAGGGAGGAACAUGCUAUGCUCGUGGGGCUUCUUCAUAUGUCUGCACAUGCAUGCCUGGAUUCACUGGAGAGCUAUGCGAAAUCGACAUUGAUGAAUGCCAGUCAAACCCCUGCCGUAAUGGAGCUGCUUGUUUUGAUGGCAUUAAUUCGUUCAAGUGCAUGUGUCUCCCCAGCUACAGUGGAGCGCUUUGUGAACAAGACUCAGAAGUCUGUGACUAUGGCUGGCACAAAUUCCAAGGCCAUUGCUACAAGUACUUUGCUCACCGACGCACUUGGGAUGCCGCUGAGAGAGAAUGUCGUGUACAGGGAGGUCAUCUAACCAGCAUCCUAUCACAGGACGAACAAAACUUUGUGAACCGCUUGGGCCAUGACUACCAGUGGAUUGGUCUGAAUGAUAAGAUGUUUGAGCACGAUUUCCGCUGGACUGAUGGCAGCACACUGCAAUAUGAAAACUGGAGGCCAAACCAACCAGACAGCUUCUUUUCUGCGGGUGAAGAUUGUGUUGUAAUUAUUUGGCAUGAGAAUGGACAAUGGAAUGAUGUACCCUGCAACUAUCAUCUCACAUACACCUGCAAGAAGGGAACAGUUGCCUGUGGACAGCCUCCUCUUGUUGACAAUGCUAAGACUUUUGGAAAGACCAAACCGAGAUAUGAAAUAAAUUCCAUGAUCCGAUACCACUGCAAAGAUGGGUUUAUUCAACGGCACAUGCCAACUAUACGAUGCAGAGGGGAUGGAAGGUGGGAUCUACCUAAAGUCACAUGUAUGCAACCUUCCAUUUACCAAAGGACUUACUCCAAGAAAUAUUACUACAAAUUUAGCCCGCCCGAGAUGAGGACUCCUCUAAACACACCUAAACAUCUUCACCGUUGGAGCAGGACAUGGCAGGAUUCCCCUCGCUGAAUGCAUCGGACUUCUCUUGAAUGGACAUCCUUUCUGCCAAAGUCCUAAAUUACAGUGCCUUUCUUUCGAAUUUCAAGAAGCAUUAUCUAGCUGAUCAGAUCAUGGAUGUAUUGGACAAUGGCAUCACUCAGACAACAGAAGAAAACACGAACAUUUUGUAAUCAAACAUUAAAAACGUAUAGGGAACUAAAGAGAUGUAAGAGUAAUAUCCAGCCUACUAGAAAUUGUACUGCUAGUAUGAAAUGUAGUGUAUGUCACCAAGGCAAGCAAACAUUGUAUUAAUGCAAGCUUAUGUUAAUAUUUAAGCAGCUUGACCCUAGCUCCGAUGACUUAUGUAAAUAAGAUGAUCUAAAUAUGUUUUCUAAUCAUGUAUAUAAAAUUGAAUAGUCAUACUAAAGUCAGGCGUAUUUAAUAGCUGCAAUAUGGCUUAACUGUUAAAUCACUAAAUAAAGCCAAUACUAGUUGAUCAAGGCUGGAGAAAACCUAAAACCUUGGCGUGAAAAAAAAUAAAAAAACAGUGCCACACGAAGCAUUUUUUUUAAAUAGGUGCAUUAUUAUGACUUGUGCCAUAGAACAUUAUUGUUUUUAGUGUUGUGGAAAAAAAAACGGAAAAAGAUACAUGGGGAACAGCAUUUCCACCCGAUUUUUUUAAUUGACUGCAGUAAAAUUUUUACAGUUUUUUAUCCGUCCAUGACCACUCAACAAAAUGUAUUUGCUGGAUGAAUAAUUUUUCUUGUUUAAGUCUUUCGUUUUUUUUUUAUUUGGCAUUUUAUAAUGCUAUUCAAUAAAGAGCUCUAUUUGUAAGGGUCAUUGAUGCAAACUCAGACCUGACAUACACGCUCCCUAUUUGCAUCAGAUUAUAUGUAAAGAUUGCAUCAUUUUAUUUGAUGCAGGUUUUAUAAAUGAUGUCUAGACUGCUGCACAAAUAGAUGCAACACAGGUAAAACAAGUUAUGUCAGUUUUGAAUUUGUACCACACACCUAGUGGGAGAUUCCCGUUGUUUUCACCCAAAAAAAAAUUAAAAGGGGGGAAUUUCAGUGACUUUAAAAAGACUAAAAUUCUAGGUGAGUUCUACAAUUUUUGUAAAAAAUAAAUAAAAAUAAAAAAGUAAA